AUGCCUGGCGCAGAAAUCCACAAGAAAGUUGUCAUGAUUGACAACUAUGAUUCUUUUACUUGGAAUCUAUAUCAAUAUUUAUGUGAAGAAGGAGCCGAUGUUGAGGUGUUCAGAAACGACCAGAUCAGUGUGGCCGAGAUCGACUCUUUGCAUCCAGACUUUCUCUUUAUUUCUCCCGGUCCAGGACAUCCAAAGACCGAUUCGGGUAUUUCCAGAGAAGCCAUCGAUUACUUCAAAGGCAAAAUCCCCAUUUUUGGUGUUUGUAUGGGGCAACAAUGUAUCUACGAGGUGUUUGGAGGGAACGUGGAAUACGCCGGUGAAAUCGUCCACGGUAAAACUUCAGUCAUCACCCACGACGGAAAAGGUGUUUUUGAAAACAUUCCUCAAGGAGUCGCCGUCACCAGGUAUCAUUCUUUGGCUGGUUCUCCUUCUUCCCUACCCGAUUGUUUGGAAGUCACUGCGAAGACUAACAAUGGAGUCAUUAUGGGUGUGCGACACAAGAAGUUUGUUAUAGAAGGUGUCCAAUUCCAUCCAGAAUCCAUUCUCACUGAAGAAGGUCAUCUUAUGAUUCGUAAUAUUCUCCAGAUGACCGGGGGAUAUUGGGACGAUGUGUCAUCGAAAAAGGUGUCGUCAUCGUCAUCCUCAUCGUCGUCCAUUUUACAACGAAUCUAUUCGAAAAGAAAACAGGAUUAUGCGGUUAUCUCUAAGAUACCUGGGAAGACCUUUAUGGACCUUCAAUCGUAUUACGAUAUGGGUCUAGCUCCACAGAACGUGGUCAAUUUUUAUGAUAAGCUCAAUGAACAUGUGAAGAUAGGUAAGCCUGCUAUACUUAGUGAGAUAAAGCGUGCCUCUCCUUCUAAAGGAGAUAUUGAUAUUACCGCCAAUGCUGCUCAACAAGCUGUAAGAUAUGCCAAGGCGGGAGUUUCUGCCAUAUCUGUUCUUACAGAACCUCAUUGGUUCAAAGGAUCCAUUGAUGAUUUACAAUGGGCCCGGAAAUCGGUCGACAAAGUCUGUAACGAUAGUAGUAGACCGUGCAUCUUGCGGAAAGAGUUUGUAUUCUGCGAGUAUCAGAUAUUGGAGGCUAGGUUAGCAGGAGCAGAUUCUGUUUUACUCAUUGUGAAAAUGCUCACAUCCAAGGAAUUGGAAAGGCUAUUUAGAUAUGCCAAAUCAUUAGACAUGGAACCAUUGGUGGAAGUUAAUACGGCAGAAGAGAUGCAGAGGGCUCUAGGACUCGGAGCAUGCGUUAUUGGUGUCAACAACAGAAACUUGAAUAACUUCACGGUCGACUUAGAUACAACUACUGAGAUCAAGAAGCUUGUACCAGCGGACAAGAAUAUUAUUUUGCUUGCGCUUAGUGGCAUCUCGUCUGUAGAGGAUAUUAAGAAUUACAAGGCCCAGGGGGUGUUUGGUUUUCUUAUUGGUGAAGCAUUGAUGAAAAGAGGAGACAAUGUUGGUUCGUUUAUUCGAAAGUUAAUAGAUGCUUGA